GGCUGCGAACCCCGGGCUUAAUGCAGGAGCCCAGUGGGGGUGUGAGGAGGGCUGGGGGGGUGAGGUGUCACUGCGCAUGCUCCCGGGACCAGCCUCGAACAGCGCCCGUCGGGGUAGGGGGUGGGAAAUAGUUCUCCCCACGUGGUUCUCGAAAGCCGGUCGGGGGAUUGGGGAAUAUGGAAAGGUAUUUGACGGGGGAGCCAUUUCUUACAUUCUCAUUUUUCAUUGGCUCCUAAUUUUACUCAUAUAAAGCGGGGGAUUAGUUUCGGAGGAAAAUGAGCUCCUGGUUGGGAGCACUAAAUUUUGGGUUGGGAGAUGUUGAGGCAUGGGGCAGGGAGGUUUAAGGAACGUGCACUAGAGAUGACAGAAAUGGCAAAGAAGACAGAGAUGGGAUAGAUGCCACAGGCAUGGGCCCAAUGACUUAAAGAGAUAAGUGCAGCUUGUACAGAGUGGCAGCAGACGCACCAGGUAUGAGGAAAGCCUGAGGACCAGGGCGGUGGCCGAGGAUGCCCCCUCGACGCAUUAUUCCCUCCCUGUCGCAAGAGGGCGCCGCGUCCAGGCACUGAGAGGAAGAAAGAGGAGAACGCGGGGAGUAGCAAGAACGCGGGGAGUAGCAAGUCCGCGUUAAGCGCUGACGCAUGCGCAUAGCUAAUCGCACCCGGUUCAGCUCUCCUUUCUGGGCCAGAGGCGCCGGUUGGACUCACGGGCGGGGCAUGAUGGUGGUGGGUACAGGCACCUCGCUGGCGCUCUCCUCCCUCCUGUCCCUGCUGCUCUUCGCUGGGAUGCAGAUGUACAGCCGUCAGCUGGCCUCCACCGAGUGGCUCACCAUCCAGGGCGGCCUGCUUGGCUCGGGUCUCUUCGUAUUCUCGCUCACUGCCUUCAAUAAUCUGGAGAAUCUUGUCUUUGGCAAAGGAUUCCAAGCAAAGAUCUUCCCUGAGAGUAACCUAAAAUGCUUUCCUGCCCCCAUGAAGAAGUGGAUACAAGCACUCUGCCCUCCAGCCUGUGUCCAGGGAGCAAGGCCUUCAACUUCCACCACUGUUCUCCUGUGCCUCCUGUUGGCUCUCUUUGCAUCUGGCCUCAUCCACCGAGUCUGUGUCACCACCUGCUUCAUCUUCUCCAUGGUUGGUCUGUACUACAUCAACAAGAUCUCCUCUACCCUGUACCAGGCAGCAGCUCCAGUCCUCACACCAGCCAAGGUCACAGGCAAGAGCAAGAAGAGAAAUUGACCCUGAAUGUUCAAUAAAGUUGAUUCUUUGUA